AAAAAAUCCCCCAAACCCCCUCCCACGAAACAACACACAAUACAAUACCGCCAACAUGCCUUCUGUCGCCAACUGCAAUGUCCCCAACAAGUCCCGCCGCAAGUCCAACAGGAACAAGAUCCAGAGGCGCCGCGCCACCGCCGGAAUCGCCAAGAACCCGCGUGGAAUGGCUCUAAGCACCGUCAUUCACCCGACCAGCGGACCGCUGGCGCCGCUGUCGGGGAAGAAGGCGAGGAAGGUUGAGAAGGCCAGGAAUCACGCGAGGCAGCGUGCGUUGGAGAAGGAGUUGGCAGAGCGUGGUGAGGUGUCGAUGACGGAUGCGCCUGUGACGACGAAAUCGAAGAAUAAGGCUUCUGAGGGAGCUGGAGCGGACGGUAUGGAUGUUGAUGAGGCUCUAUGAGCGCUCUCUGAAGAUCGAUGAGGUGGGGGUUGGCAGCCCGAGAAGGAGAUAUUAAAUGCAUGGAAAGACGAUAAGGUUCGCCCAACGACAGGGCCCCCUCCCAUUGGACAUAUACGAGUCGAAGACGCCCAAGGAUGAGUGUGGCAGGCACAACCAGAGGCGUGUGCAGGAAGGGCAAAGCAAACGAACCAAAAAUUGCGGCGGAAAACGAAUACGGCCGAAUCGAUGACCGGUUUAGAACUAUGAGAGGUUUUAGCAUGGGACUGGUUAUAAGUGUUUUCAUGGCGGUUGGAGUUAAAGGCAACUGCGGGUUGAUACCGGUGCAUGGAGUCUGAAAUGAUCACAAUCAAGAUCUCGAAAGGUCGCAGCUGCUGAAUAUACGUUAUUGAAGCAUGCUUUUUUUCUCCAUCAGUGCAUGUUCUUAGCCCAUGCAUAUUGCAAAUAAUAGGACCC